CAUUUCGCGACGGCCAAUCGCCAUUUUCGUCUCGAGAAUUCGGCGGGACCGCUCGAAUGGCGGCGAAGCGCCGCCCUCCCACUUCCGACGCGGAGCCCGACGGAGCGGAGGCGAGCUCGGGCUCCGAACCGGAUCCUCCGACGCUACCCGACCCGAAGGAGGCGACGCGUGUAUCGAAUUACGAGAAGCAGAGGCUGUCGAGGAUCGCGGAGAACAAGAGGAGGAUGGAGGCGCUGGGCCUCCGAAACCUGGCGAGUUCCGUGAUGGGUUCGAGUCGGAAGGCGAGAAAGGGCGACGCGAAGGGCAAAAGGAAGGUGGGCGGCGAGGACGACGACGACGACAACGACGACAAGGAUGGUGAUUACGCGCCUGCUUUGGACGGCGAUGGCGGCGAUGACGAUGAUCUUAGUGUCGACGAUGAGGAGGAUGAUCGGGAUUUUGAAGUAUCUGGGUCUGGUAAGACAAAGGUAAAGAGAAAAGUGUCCAAACCAAGGAAGAAACCUCAGACCAAAAAGUUACUGAAUAAGUUGGAUUAUGUUGAUGAUGAUGCUGAAUUGGCGAAGGCCAUUGUGCUGUCUCUGCAUGAUUCUGCUGGAGUUUCAGGAACAGUGAGCUCAGGGCCUUCUAAAAAUGAGGCUGGUGUAGAUCUUAAAGGCAGAGUAGAAAAGACUCAGGAAAAUCCUAGGAUGCUGAAGAGGAGAAAAACGUUUACCAGCCGGGUGAAGAUGACUGAGGACGAGCUGAUUAUGCAUUUCUUUCAGUUUGAUGAAGCGGGGAAGGGUGGCAUCACUGUGCAUGAUUUAGCCAAAGUUGCUGAUGCUCAUGAUUUUACAUGGACAGACGAGGAACUAGCCAACAUGAUUCACUGCUUUGAUAGCGAUGGAGAUGGAAAGCUAAGUCUUGAUGAUUUCUCGAAGAUUGUCCAUUGAUGCAACAUGAUACAAGGUUCUGAAAGCUCCUAAGUGGUUAAGAAUGCCAAGUCUACCUACUGUUCAGAUCAGGAGGGAUUGAUCAAGAGUUCAUUUUUCUGCCGGGUUCUGUUUCAACAGCAAGAAAAGAGGCACCUAAGUAAGCGAGAGAUAGAAUCUAGAUAGUAGCUUGAUCCGCUAGCUGUAGUGAAGAUGUAUAUAGUAUAAGUCAGAGCUUUCAUAGAUAACUCACCAAAUGCUGGUUGUAUUUAUAUCUUUCACCAAAUUCUGGUUGUAUUACUAUCUUAGACAACAGAAUUAUCUGUGGCUUUUACAAGCUGAUCUAUUUGAGGUUGGGAUUAGUGUGACAGCAGAUUAUAGCUUGCUUAACCUUUUGGGCCAGUUGAAUUAUCUGUUGCAUUGUUUUAUACAAAGAAUGAGUACUCUAAAGAA